UUCCGCGCCGGAAGCGGCGGCGUUGCGGGCGGCGAUGGCGGCGCGGGGGCGCUGAGCGGCUCCGCCAUGGCCGAGCUGGCGGCAGCGGACGGGCCGCCGCGGGGCCGCACGCCCAGCCCGGGCCCCGGGGGAGCGCCGGGGCCGCCCAGCCCCCGCGCGGCCGGAGCGGCGGCGGGAGCCGGUGGGGCUCAGUCCCCGCCCGGCGCGGCCCGGCCGCCCGCGGCCUCCAAGUGGGUUCGGCUGAACGUGGGCGGCACGUACUUCGUGAGCACCCGGCAGACUCUGUGCCGGGAGCCCAAGUCCUUCCUGUGCCGGCUCUGCUGCCAGGACGGGCCCGAGCUCGGCUCCGACAAGGAUGAGACCGGGGCGUAUCUGAUCGAUAGAGAUCCCACAUAUUUUGGUCCAAUACUGAACUACCUCCGACACGGGAAGCUCAUCAUAAACAAGGAGCUGGCAGAAGAAGGAGUACUGGAAGAAGCUGAGUUUUACAAUAUUGCGUCUCUUGUGCGGCUGGUGAAGGAGCGGAUACGGGAUAACGAGAACAGAACCUCCCAGGGACCUGUGAAGCACGUGUACAGGGUCCUGCAGUGCCAAGAGGAGGAGCUCACACAGAUGGUGUCCACGAUGUCCGACGGGUGGAAAUUCGAACAGCUGAUCAGCAUUGGAUCUUCCUAUAACUACGGAAACGAAGACCAGGCAGAAUUCCUCUGCGUUGUGUCCAGGGAGCUCAACAAUUCUACCAAUGGCAUCGUCAAGGAGCCCAGCGAGAAGGCAAAGAUUCUUCAAGAGCGAGGAUCCCGGAUGUAAUCCAAGUGUCCGCUCCAUUCAAACUCCCAGAUGUCAAAGGACAGUCGGGCUGGGCAGAGCAUCUCUCCACAGUGCAACCGUGCCCUUGUACAGUAACCAGGCUAACGCAAAGCAAAGCCGAGCCUGUCCUGCCAACAGCGAGUAAUUCUGGUCACAGGCAAAGGCUUCCCUCUGACCCUCAAAACCAAGGAAGGAAAAGGCUCUUGCAGUUGGAUAGUUCUUUCCGCAAGUAUUUGUUUUGGUAUUUUGGCCAGCACUGUAUUGAAUUUUUCCAGCUAUGGCUGGGCCAGAUUCCCAGUUGGAACCUUUGCGAAGGUCGCUCAGGUCCGCAGGAAUCUGUCCCACUUUCCACAGGUGGGAAUCUCUGGAUUUGAGCUGUGCCAUUUCUUGCACCCACAUCUGCCACCAGAAGAAGUGCAGGGACCUUGUGGUGCCCCCCAGAUCAGAACAGGGCUUUCAAAGGAGGAACAAAACAACCACUUGUAAAAAAAACCCACAAACCUCUUCCAUUUUUGCUUCAUAUUUAUUCCUUGUUCAAUUCCUAAGAGCUGAGCUUAGAUACUAAAGUGCGAGGAGUUGUGUGUACGUCUAACACAGGUCUCGCUGUUAACACCGUUACAUACAGGCUCCUGAUGUUUUCCAAAGCCUGUUACUCCACACGCAUCAACAGAGAGACCUGUGGUCACCCAGAAUAGCAACAGCGAUCGUUCUGUCCCUGACACUUCCCUCCUGAAGAGUGGUGACAUCUCCCCCUCCAGAUCCCUGCCACGGCCAUACCUGAGCCUGGUGCAAAGUCUCAAGGUUGGGGACUCGUUGCUGCCAAGUUCAGCUUUGCUUUGUUUGUCUCCAGCAGUGUGGGCUCUGUCUCCUCCCCUCUCACCAAGGGGACACUUCAGGCAGAAUUUCUUUUGUACUGUAGCAAGCAGGUAGGUUUGUUUGAACCCCCGAGAUCCUUUGCAGAGGAGAUCCCUGAUAUACAUGCAGUGAUUUAUCUGCAGCCCCUUCAUGUCCCGUGAUCACCUCAAAUGACAGAGGGACAUCGCAGAGUUGGGGUGGGGGGGGUUGGUGAAAAGUUGCCAAACUGGUGUAAUGUUUCUUGUCCAAAGUGAUGUGUCAAUUUCUGUGACUUCUUUCUUUUUUUUUUGGAAUGCCUUGGAUGGAUGUGCAAAAUGUUUGUUUGUGCCUCUCUUGGAUUCUAAUCUUAGCCAAACCGCAGUCGCUGGUUCCGCUCUGUUCAUCUGUGCCGUCCCUAACCACGGGCGUGUCCCUCCUAGUCUGGUAAAUGGAAUUUCUUAGGAAUUUGCUGCAUGUUUUUUCCCCUUUUCAUCCUGGCUUUGUUCUUUGUAGCCCAUGUGUCCAGGCACCUGGGUCUUUUUUUGAGUCAAGUCCCAAACCUGACGUUCAACGCAAAGCUUCAGAGAUGCUGGAAUUCACAGACAUUAACGAGCUCAGAGCAGAUAUUUCUCACUAAGGGACCAGAAAAUUCCUCAUCUGGACUGAGGAGUUGGGCUCCUUUCUGGACGACUUCAGCUACCUGGAAUCUCCUUGAAGUUUUGAGACAGAAUUAGGCAGGUUUCCCAUCUUAUCCCUUGUUGCUGACAGGGCCUUGCGAUAGCAGAACGUUACUGAUGGUCCAACAACCGGCUCAGCAAACAAGACGCUGAGCGACACGACACGACGCCGCUGCACUCUGCCUCUGCUCGGACUGUCGCCUGUCCUCUCCCACCCUGCUUUGCCAACGUACCUCCUCCGGUGGAAGCUUCGCCUCAUUCUCAAGAGAGACUGGUUAAUUAUCUGCGCUCGUUUAAUCCUGGUAGCAACAGACCGUGCCAAAUGUCUUUGGAUUCACGUUGUGUCAGUUCAGGAUGUUGAAACACAUCUGGCUCGGCAUCCCACUGAAGAACCCAGCUCUUCUGCUCCUUCCAUCUUUUCUGUUAUGGUGUGGUGAGAUGGUUUCGGUGUGAUUAGGCUGUACUCCUUGGCUGGGCCUAAAUAACACUGUGAUGUGUUUAGAUCUCUCUCCUCUGUCACUAUGUUGUAGCCUCAGUCGUUGUCCAUCUGUGCUCACAGCUAAGAAAUCUAGAAUCGCAUGUACACAAGUUAGCAGCAUAAGAAGCCCUUUAACGCUCUCAUCUGUCAUCUUUCCCAUUCUCAGAGGAGGGAGAUUCUGGGAACUGGUCAAGAAAUACAAACUAAAGGCAACAGGAACUGUUCGAGCUGCUGUUGUCACACGGAUGCCAGCGAGCACCUCGCUGUUCAGACCACGGAGCUCACAGCAACACCAGGUGCAAAGGGCAGUUUUCUGUCGGUACAGCUCAAGUAGAUAAAGACGAUACCUCGUUGCUUUUCUGUAUCACCAAAAAAUGCCCUACGUGGUGCAGCCCACCGGAGGAUUGCCUGAUGCAAGAGCGAUGCCAUCACUCCCCCCAAGCCACAGAGAGCCUAAAAAUCACCAUCGCUGGUUGAGCAGAGCAGCUGUUUAACUCACACGUGCAAGAAAGACUUGUCAGAGUUGCAUCUUGGUUUUCCUCUCCACGCUGCAACAAGGACGUGCCAGGAGAUAGAAGACUCUUUGGGUUCGAUUGCAAGGUCUUCAACAGAACAAGGUUAUGGUGGAAAACCAGUCACAGGUACUGGACACUGGAUUCUUGGGCGAUGUUUAGGACCAGGUGUGCAGCCCAUCCAGAGCAGGUACAUUCCCAGGGAGGAUUUCUCCUUUCCUGACUUUACCCUGAGACCAAAGGCUGGUCUCAGCAUUAUGCACCAGUCGUGUCCCUUCUGCACUCAAGACAGGGCUUUUCCUUCUAUUGCCUUCCACUCAGUCACAACUACGUCAAAAGUAGCGCUGAAUUAGGAUGAAAUUUGUCCCAUUCACUCUAAAAAUAAAAAGGUAUUGAGCAGGGGUGGAUUACUGCAUACCCAAGGGUGCUCGUGCCUCUUGGGAAGGUUCAUUUUAAAGCGUUAAUCCAGGGAACGGAGAGUAGGACACUUUAGGUUUGGGGGUUUUUUUAAACUUUCCCAGUGGCCUAAGUUGUUCCGUUAUGGCAAGACCGGAAUUAACUUCUUAAAGUGUCUUUGUUUCUGCACAUUGUUUAAAAAAUGAGUGGAUUUUUCUCAGGGGUGACUGAGUGGCCGCGGCAAGGGGGACACAGCUCGCUGCGGGCGGUGGGACGGAGCAGCUCCCAGCCCCGCCGCUGGGCCGGGGGCUCCUCCCCUCGGGUUUGCCUGUGAACCCAGAGGUUUUGUACAGUUUGUCACAUCUCAGUGCCCUUUGCUACUGUUUCUCUUUGUUUAUUAAAUGUGUUUGAAUAACA